GACCGAGCGAUCCAUGUUUAGCUGGUCGGUUUGGUGCAGUAGCUGCCCCGUUGUACCGUAAAUGUGGUACUUGUGUAAGCGCUGCUUCUCUCCGGCCCAUUGGGGGGUUCGGCACUAUGACGCCUAGUUUUUCAGGCACACAACUGUAGCUACAGCUAUCCGAAUGACUAAGCCCCGGCGGCCGUGUUCUUCCCGCAACACACGUUCGGGCUCCGUUUUGAAGAUCGCAUACCAGCCAUCGUUUCCAGAUAGGCUCCUCUUAGUCCAAUCCCUCGCUACCGCCUCCGACAGUUGCCUUUUCUGUUUGAUCACACUCCCUAAGGUCUUUUCUAUCCAGUUAGUGCUUCUCGGAGUCUGCGGGCUUAUAUUGCCGCCUUUAUCCUACUGCUCUUCGACUGUUGGUGAGUCCGGAAUUCCCAUGCAACUAUUUCCCUUGCGUGUGAAGCGCGGAAUUGCUGAACUAGCCUUUUUGCGACCCUGCAAAGCCAGCACAGACAACGAUAAUUCUACGUGACUCACAUUUGAUUUACCUUUUUUUCCCCUGCGACGGAAUGCGACAUUAGCUUGUCGCCAGCUACACCCACGUUACUGGCUCUCAAUUGUAUGCGAAAUAGGAUAUGGUUACGUCCACUACGACUCCCAACAAAUUGUGAAGUCAACUCGCCGGCUUACAUUGGCAAAUAUCUGUCA